CAGGGGGAACACAUGUUCACAAGGGAACAGUAUUUUGCAGAAACCCGGAAAUGUUGGUUUCCAUGGAUACCAUGAGCUACAAACUUGCCUGCAGUGAAUUUUCGGAAAAAUGGCUAAAGCGAACGACUACCGUAAGUACGACUUGGCACGGCUGCAAGUAGAAAUCGAAGAGGAAAGAGAACUAAAAGAGAUGCUCAUAGGAUCUGUGUGCGACCUGCGAUGUACUGUGGCAGAACUGCAAGAAAGAUUACGUAGUGUUGACGGGGAAGGUAAUGAGUGGAAGACGAGGUUUGAGACACAAGUAGAACUAAAUGGACAGCUGGAGAGACAGAUUUCACACAUUCAGCAGAGGCUGGAGAGCAUCAAAGGAAACCCCGUCGAUCGAUUGGCUUUUAUCCGAUUAUAUGAAGACAUGGGACUUGAAAUGCUUAAAGAACACCUAACAGUCCUGACUGAGGAGAAAACUGGCCUCCAUAAUCAGCUGAAGAACUGCCAUCUUCAAAUGGAACAGGAGGGAAAGGCAUUCCAUAAAACCAACGAUGAAAGGCGGGCAUACCUUACAGAAAUAGCUAUGUUGUCUUCUGUCCGUGAGCCGCAGAGACGGCAGUAUGCCAACCAGCGACAGGGGGCAGCAGAGAGCAAACAGAUCAGAGGAAAAGGCGUCUGUAGGAAAGCACAAGCUGGUUCUAACAAAGGAAUGGAGGAGGUAUUAACAGAACGUCUGAAUGAAGGCGGAGGAGGAGGUGGUGAUUCAACAACAGAGAGAGGAAUGAAGAAGAAAUCCCACAGGGAAAGCAGGUUACCCACCCUGAAGCAUCGGGGAAAACAUAAUCCUUAACCAAAAUCUGUUCCCAUUGGAUAUUUGCAGGGUUCUUUUAUUGGGGGUGGUUAUUCUUGUACAUUUCUGUCAGCUUUUUUGUUUAAGCUUUUAUUUAUUUUCUCGAAGUCUGAUUAUAUAAUGAUUUAAAUACUUAUUCAAAUGUACUUAUAUAAAGGUUUGAAUCAUCAGAAAUCAGACGUUUCUUGCACACACAGGCAGAUAUUUCACUCUUUUACCAAGACAUUUGCAAAAGUCUUUCACCGUGACUUAAGAAUGAGCUUAUUCUGCUCCUUCAAAACUCUGUAACUUUGAGCACUAACUGCUUUCAUCCAGGUGACUAGUUGCCUGGUGUUUUGGAACUAAAUGUUCCCGAAAACUUCAAUGACAGAGUUUGCAUCGUGGGACAUUCACGUUAAGGACUAUGACCAUCUCUACUUUGGGUCACCUGCUCUGCCACUGAGUCAUGAAGCACCCAAAACUUAACUUUUACUUUAAUUUCUUCUAAUUCAUGCACCUGAUACCCUGUUCACUGAACAACCUUUUCUGAUGUAAAGUAAGGCUCUACCUAUUAGUUUAUGGUGAUCCUGGUGCUGGAAGUUAAUGGAAUUAAGGAUUCCUUUUUUUUCUCUCAACAUUUCCCUUCAGUUAAGUGACGUAAACUAAAUCUAAAUUACAUCUGGAAACCCUGCUUUUGAAUUUUAUAGACUUUUGAUACAGUUAGACCUUCGUCAGCUAAUAAUACUUUGAUCCUUCAUUCUCAGGUCCCUUUGAAAUGUUUAAGUAGUUCCAUGUUUUUGUUGCUUUUACUUAAUUCAUUAAAAUAUUCUAAUGCCAUUUCAAAUUACAUCUUUUGUUUUUAUUAUUGUUUCAAAACUGACAAUUCUGUUCAGUUUUUAUAGAAUUGUCAAUAUUCAAAUUCUCAGAAUAAACACAUUUUAGACAAA